AUGGAAGUAGUUUCACUGUUAUUCUUGCCUAUUAUAGAUGAUGUCAUCCUGAUAAGAAAUGAUUUGGAGCAAAUUCAAGAACUCAAGAAAUUCUUAAAUGAUCGUUUCAAGUUAAAGGAUCUUGGGAACUUGAAAUAUUUCUUGGGCAUAGAGGUUGCCCGUUCAACAAAAGGAAUUUUCUUGUCACAAAUGAAGUAUGCAUUUGAAAUUCUCAAAGACACGAGAUUUCUAAGUGCAAAACUAUCUAAGUUUCCUAUGGAACAAAAAUUGACGCUUAAUGAGAAUGAUAGAGAGCUAAUAACCAAUCCUUCUUCAUAUCGCAGACUUGUUGGUCGUUAG